AUGGAACGUAUGAGCGGCGACGAUCAGUCUUUUGCAGAGCUGAUGGACGUUUGUAGCAGUCAUUUUGCCAAAUGUCCAAGAAUGGAGGAGGAGGACAGGUCAUCCGACCGCCGACCUGCCCGAAAGGGACAGAGGAAGCCUUCGCGCUCAUCGGCUUCGGACUUGGGAGAAGAUGGCAGCUUGAUCUCCAUGCUCGCGAAGUUGACACUUCGUCAAGAGGACCAGUUGAAUCAGAUCCAUCUCGACAAGAGCUUCAUCUUCUUUGUCCAAGCAGGAAAAGGCAACAUUUUACCACUGAUGUUGAAGACAUCAAAGGACUGGCAUGGGCAACGGGAGGCGGGGCAGCUCAACACCUCACUGAGACAGCACAUGUUUCGCUCCGUGUUCGAGGAACCAGCAUUCAGAGCAUCGAAACUUCCCUUCGGAUCAAACGAUCACGAACUGAUCUGGGUCCUUCAGAACAAGCAAGUAUUGACGGCAACCAACUCAUGGAACUAUCUACAAUGGGAUUCCAAAGAGAAGACUCUGAAGCCUGCAGCACGAGAUCCACUCCCCUCCGAGGAAGCCGCAGCCUUGAUCCAGAAGAUACAUUCUCUGGCAGCUCAAGCGGACCUGAUCCACCGGUUCUCAGCUUUGAAGCCCAUGCCUCAGGAUUCCACGGUGACGGACUCAGUGGUUGUGCCUUGGAGAUUGGACAUCUCCCUUCGGGGCCAAGCGGCUCAAGAUCUCUAUGCUGCCCUUCAGCAAUUGACCGGCAGCGGGCUUACGCAACUGAUCUUUGUUCGAAUCCGACCAUCGACCUUGCAGAGGUCACCAUUGGCUCAGGCCAUUGCAGCUCGCUUGACGAAAUGA